ACAUACAUGUCCCUGUAAAGACCGUCACAAGCACACUUCACCUAUAACAGAAGGCUUCUCCGCCCUUGGUGUCUACGAAGCACGAUAAUCUGGCAUGGUCGUCGGCUUCCCGACACCUCUGGUGCUUACGAUGUUCAACCCUUGAGGUUCGGCGUUGUUGCUCCCUUUUUCUCACGAAAGGAUUGUUUCUGCGGCACACAAAGCAGAGGCGGGGAGCCGCACACAUAUCUUACGAUCAUGAGAGGAAUCGGGGCUCUGUGCUGCGCGCUAGCAGCUGUGCAUGGAGUAACGGGAUUCGUGGCGCCCCUCUCGCCAAGAGGUUUCGGACAGCAGCAGACGGCGCGAGCUUUCUUGGCCCCCUCGUCCUCCCAGCAACCAGCAGCAGCACGAUUGCGCAUGGUGGCGACGGACUUCCCCAAGUUCACGGUGUCCCUCAUGGACGACACUCGUGUAUCGUUCCACAUGGACGAGAAAGACGUCCGGAAACUGGCUGAUGUGGUGAACAACAUUUUGAGGUCCUUCAAACGCCUGAAAGCGAACGCUGCGGAAGGGGGAAAGCCGUACAAGGAAGACAGCGUGGAGUACAAAGACACUAUCGACGGCCUUAACAUCGUGGUGGAGUGCAACCCGAACAUCUUUCCGGACCCUUUCAAGGCACAGGUUUUUGUGCGUAUUUACGAUGACAAGAUGGAGGUCAGCAGCCAGGCGAUGCUCACCAAGCUGACCGAUGCUAUCAAGCAGCACUUGUCCCUGUUCAAGUGAAAAGUUGGCGGCCGCGCUCCACGACGUGGCGUUGCAAGGGCUCUUUUUUUGUCCGUUCCUCUUUGUCCUGCUUUUGAGCCGGAUACCUUGAGGGGUGUUCUUUCUGGUGGUACGUGUUUAGAAAUGUGCGUGCCAUUCUCAAUUUAUUGAAUAAAGUGUGUGGCUUCUUGGCAGCUAGCAGGUAGCACAUGGCAUCGUCUAUUUCGCUUCGACUACACACUUUGUGUGCAUGUAAGAGUGCCGCCAAAAGAAAACCUGCCCAGAAAAGCGAGGUGGCUUGCAUAGCACCGGGGCUAUACAGACAUACGUCGGUGGAAUGACCGGAGACGGAAAAUGGAAUUUGGCAAGUUUGAUCUUGGAGUCGAUGCCAACAGCACAGCUGAGUGUGUUUUGGAAGCUUUUUCUUGACGUCGAUGCUAACAGUGCAGCUGAGUGUGUCGGGGGUUGUCGGUAUGUGAGCCGGACAACAACCAGGUGAUGCAUGUCGGGUAUAUGCAGUCAUGCAGUGGCUGUCCGGUUGCAUUGGUUCUUAUUUGUACAUGCGAAGAGUGUCGGCUUAGGGAAAAACCUCCCCGCAUCAACAGCAGUGACGAAGUACCUGGUCAAUCGGCGAGACAAUGUAACGGCAACGUCUUAUCCAGAAAAUUCCUUUUGUUCGGUCUUUUGGACUGGUCCAUUUGAUUCGCAAGGUUCCUCAAGCUUCGGAGAUUCGCGCCUACUUCUCAGUAUCCGAAAAUGCCGUGCUCCUUCUUACAGCAGUAGCGCAUGCAGCAAGCGUGGGUGUCAACACGGCAACAGCCACUUGGACUGAACACGUAUACACACCGCCCACCCUUCCUUGAAUUCACCAUUCUACGAGGUCUUUGACGUUCAAGUCAGCUUAAGAUUCUGCCCUGCGUCGCGCAGAAGUUCCCACACGAAUCUGGGAACGCCCACGACUUCAGGGAUCUCGCCUGCUGGCGCGGAGGCUUCGGCGAACUCGGCUUGCCGCGGAGCCACCGCCGCAGAAGGAUGUCCUAACCUAUCACACGGAGGUUCCGUCGCCCUGACGCAAACCUUCGGCUGGCGCAGUGUAUGGCAAGCGAGCUCAAGAGCACGGACAGCAUACCCGUCGUGAAGCCGUCGCCGAGCGAGCAGCAGCUGGUUCUCAAGAAAGGCAACGGCACCGGCUUGUCCUCCGGACCACCCGCUUGGGAGCACCUCCGUGGUUGCCACGAAGGUGAACGACGGUUUCGGUUGUUCUCGACUACCACCGCUACCGCCACAGCCGCUUCCAUUCGGCGCAGCGGUGCACUGCGCUGAAUCUUCCGCGCAGACGCUGACGCUGACGCCCCCUUCCAGCUGCUCUCGCAAGGCAUGGGUGAAGUCCUCAUUUAGGCCAGAACGAGCGUCCUCCCUUUCAAGCGCGGAAUCAAUGGCCCCUGCUCCGCCACGCUCCACUGCUGCAGACUCACUGCCGUGGGUCCUUUCGUCGCACGGCCCCUCGCUGCUGGUGGUGCUUUGAAGGCCUCUUCCAACGAAAGAUGAGUUUCCUCUAGUUGACUCGACGCUAGCCCGCGGCCCUGGCGGCUGUUCUUCGGUAGACGGCCAAGGGUUGCUUCGCGCAGAGGGGAAGAAUGCGUGCUCCGACAAAGCUGAAUCUUCCUCUCUAGGUGACGAUUCGUGGCCUUCAGGAUGCUCCCAGCCCGUCGCGUCGGUCUGGGGCUGUGUCACCAGCACCUGAGAGGGCAAGCCUGGCAGGAACAUCGCCUGCGUGGCCUGCGAAGGGUCAGGUGGCGUUGACGUUAUCGACGGCGGUACCGCUGGAGAGCUGCAGAUGUCCUCGCGGUUUUGCGACGAGUAGCAGUCAUUGCCGUCGGUAUCCCCGCGCCUUUCCCGCUCUUGUUGCACGCCAGCUCUGCCGUGCGGAUGCGACGACAGCUUUGUGCAUGAUGAGGACAUGUCUGAUAGUGCACCCGUACAGCGGUCUUGUCUCAUGACCGAUUUUGCCUUCUCUAAUCCCCAAUCCUUCGAGCUUCUUGGGGCAGCUAAGCACAGUCUUAUCUGGUUCAAAUCCGACACUUCCUUUUCUACCGGCGCUGCUGCAGCUCCGGUCGUGCAGUCCUGUGCGACACAAGGACGAGGAACAAGACCAUGCUCACCAACCGCUGCCCUCCCUUCCACGGCGACAGCAGUGUCGUCCAGUGCUUCCCGUGACCGAUCUACAUCCCUGCCUUCCUCCCUUGAUCCAAGACCUUCGUCGCUCAAUGAGCUGGCGUUGACCUUGCCGCUCCUAAUACAUAUGCUGCGGUCAUGAUCGUUAGCGGCAUGGUAGGCAUCGAUGUCCGCCGGCCGGAUCUCAUCGUACCAAAGAAAAGGAGACGACAACCUCAAACCACUGCUGGUGUCCCGGCUGCUGCUAGCACCGGCCUGCUCUCUCACAGUGGCCUCGAGAAUCUUGUACAGAGCUUUGCAGUGGCUAUGAAAGGUGUAAGCUCCUCCGUCGCCUACCCCUGUGUUCGUUGUCUCCGACAUCGUCCCCCCGGUUCCUGCUGGUGGUGCCGCCGGGGUGUUGUGACUGCCGCAGGCAUUGCCAAGAACCCGACCACAGGUGAUGAUAUAGUCUAUGAAAAUCUUGAGCGCAAGAUGACAAAGACGGCUUCCAGCAGUACUAGGGGGGAGAAUGGGAAGAGGGAGGGAGCCAGCGGGCGAGAGUG